AUCAAGAAUCGUUGUACAAUGAGUUUAGAAAAACUUUUACCUUGGCGAGCAACAAAGCAAAAUCAACUGCCCUCGUCUUCAACUUCGCACGCAAAAGCUGCUACUAUACCCUCGGAAUUGAUCCUACAGAUUUUUAAAUAUGUAACAUCUACUGCCGACCUUAAGUCUUGCAUUUUAGUAUGCAAAUCAUGGUGCCGGUGUGGAGUUGAACUGUUAUGGCAUAAGCCA